AUGGGUAAAGGCGGCCGUCUUAUCUGCAUCUUCACCCCAUAUGUUCUCACCAUCGCCGCCUUAAUAUGUCUCAUCAUUGUUGGGCUUGGAUCCACAGAUAAUGGCACGGACUCUAUCCGCGACCUGUACUUCUUCAGGGCCGAUCUGUCCCAAUUAAAUAGUUCUGCGCCCGUCCAAAGUGAUAUCCAAGGCGCCCUGGAUCAAUUCAACAUCCAGGUUGAUGACGGCGACAUCAGCGGCGCCCUUGACAAGGUCCAGGAAUACUUCAACAUCCCAGACUUCUACAACAUCGGUCUUUUCGGAUACUGCCAGGGCAACCUCACCGACAACAACAGCUACAAGGUCUCCAACUGUUCCUCGCCCAAAACUGAGUUCUAUUUCGACCCUAUUGAGAUCUGGAACCUGAAGAAGAUGGGCCUGGAAAAUGCGCUACCAGACGAUGUUGGCAAGGCGCUGAACAUUUACAAGAACGUCUCGAAAUGGAUGUCAGUCGCCUACAUCAUCGCCUUUGCUGCAACCGCUCUUGAGCUCCUCCUCGGUAUUACCGCCAUUUUCAGCCGCUGGGGUUCCUGCGUGACGACUCUCAUUGCCAUCACGGCCUUCCUCUUCACUGCCGCGGCUUCUGCGACGUCCACAGCCAUGUUUACCGUUGUCGCCGGCGUUUUCAACGACCAAAUAAAGCCGUACGGAAUCGAGGGAAACAUGGGCAAGAACAUCUACGCCGCUACCUGGAUUGCAACCGCUUUCUCACUCGCCGCCGCCCUCUUCUGGGCUAUCAGCUCGUGCUGCUGCUCCGGUCGCUCGCCCUACAACCACCGCCACGGUCGCAACCGUGGAGUCACCGCUGAGAAGGCACCUUACACCUACGAGCCCGUCGGCAGCCCGUACCCCUCUCAAUCUCCCCAGCCACCUUUCCACCCCAGCGCCCCUGGAUACCACGCGCCUCAGCGGACAACCUCCUACGAGCCGUACCGCCACGUUUAA